AUGUCUCUCUCCAUUCUCAUUGCGCCUUGGAGAGCAAUUUGUUCCAAGAAUUUUGCACAUUCAUUGUUCGAAGUGCUCCAUCUCUUUGUCUUUGCCACUUUUCUCCCAAUAGGCCUCUACUCCCUUUGGAUUGGUGAAUCCACAUCAACCGGGGAGUCCAACGGUUAUUCUGAUGCCAGUGAAUCAUGGAGCGGCGUCUCGUUCAACACAACGCUCGGACCCGUGGUGACAAUUUUGAAUAUUGGACAAUUCGUCACAACCUCCUAA